AUGUAUAACAGUAACUUUGACGUAUGGGUCGCGGGAGCCUUUGCCGCUGUGAUGGUCGAUUUCAUCGUAUACCCCUUCGAUACCCUGAAGACACGCAUCCAGUCACCGAACUACGAGACGCUGUAUAAAAGCGCACGUACGGGCGCAGUGCGCCGUCAUGUGCUGUACAGAGGGUUAUAUCAAGGCGUGUGGAGCGUGGUAGUCUCAACCAUACCGUCAUCAGGAGCAUUUUUCACCACCUACGAAGCCGUCAAAUAUAGCCUCAACAACGCCUCGUCAGCAUCGACUGCGCCGCACCAGAACCGCCUCCCCUUCACCCACUCGCUCCCUUCGCCAAUCGUGCACGCCCUCGCCUCCUCGUCUGCCGAGAUGGUGGCCUGCCUGAUGUUGACGCCCGCAGAGGUGCUCAAGCAGAAUGCCCAGGUUGUGCAAAGGAAUGGUAGCGGCGGCGGUAAUGGUGGAAGUCAAAGAUCGCAGUCCGCCACCCUGCAGGUUCUCUACCGGUUUCGACGACAUCCCUGGAAGCUGUGGAACGGGUACACGGCGCUGGUCAGUCGGAAUUUACCCUUUACAGGGCUCCAGUUUCCUAUCUUUGAGUACAUCCGGUCGAGGAUGAUUGAGUGGUGGAAGCAAAGGCUCAGCGAUAAUAAUGCAAAAAAUCCCAUGUCGAACAACAAUCACAACCCUGUCCUAGAGCGUGCCCUGCUGACAGGAAUGUCGGCCUCGAUGUCCGGGACUAUCGCUGCCAUCGUGACGACGCCAAUCGACGUGAUCAAGACGAGAGUCAUGCUGGCAGCUAGCAAUGAUAGCAUAGGCACUACAACAGCUCCUCCUACUACUACUCAGGAUUCAGCAAAGAGAAAGGCAGAGAUGAAAGGGAAAUCUCGAACAAUAACGGUUGGGAAACAGAUCUUCCGUGACGAAGGCAUCAAGGGUCUCUUCCGAGGGGGGGCGAUCCGGGCGGCAUGGACGGCCGUGUCUCUGAGUAUGUAUCUCAGCCUGUAUGAAGGCUUACGGUUCCAUCUGGAGAAUCGCCGCAAGGAGCGCGAGGGCAAGGCUGUGCGGCCGAAUCUAGAUGGGCAGGAUGAAGCCGAAGAAGCUCUUAUGACAUGA